AGAGUAGAGCAUUUUCCUACAAGUAUGGAACAACACAGAAAAGGGGCAACACAGAGAAGUUAAGCAAUUAGCCCACAGUAACACAGCUGAUAAGUAGCAGAGCCAAGGACUCCAGACAGUCUGACUCCAAAGUCCAUGUUCUUAACCAACAUAUUAUGCUGCCUUUCUGAGUUUGAAGGAAUUUACUGACAGAAAAUGGCAGAAAAAAUCUUAGAGAAGUUAGAUAUUCUGGAUGAGCAGGCAAAGAUACUCUUGGCCAGAAGAGCAAAGAAAAACACGCUUCAGAGUCAAGGAAAGAAAAAUACUUCAGUUACACCCCUGACGUUUGACUUUCAGUUAGAAUUUGAAGAGGAUAUUGUUCCAUUCAUAUCUAAGAAAGUACCCAAGAUCACAGGAGACAAUUUAUACAGUAUUAAAAAAGGAAAAAGGUAUGUCUUCUUCAAAAAUGAACCUGAUCCUAGAAAGAGUGAUUUCGAAAAGUUAAAUUUAAGAUCACACUUUAUACCAACAAAUAUAAAAAACCAAGAAAGCAAGUCAAUAGAGCCUGUGAAAGAAAAUCUGAAAUCAAGAUCAUUUAGAUCUUUUCUUUAUCUUAAGGAUACAGCUGAGAAUACACAACCAUGUAGAAGAACACUGGGUCCUACAGUCAUUUCUCCUGUACCCAGGAUUCAAUCCAAUGCUUACAAGAAGGAAAAAGACUCUACUUUAUUUGCAGCUCAAACUGAAAAAAAUCCUGGGGAAUCAUUUGAUCUGGCUGGUCACUCAGAAGAUUAUGUCAGUAAAAGAAGAAAAUCUGCCCCACAGAUGGAUGAUUUUAGCACAGAAGAAAACAAAACCAUCAAAAAUCAUCAAUUAAGUGAAUACUGUUCUAUAAGAAAGAAAAGCUUGCUUCCCUUGUGCUUUGAGGAUGAGUUGAAAAAGCCAAAUGCCAAGAUAAUCAACACUAGCCCACCAAAGACAGUAACUUCUCAUGUGGAACAAAAUGACACAAAUCCCAUAAUUUUCCAUGAGACUGGAUAUGUACAAAUGUUACUUUUGACGAAAAAUAGGUUUCCUCUCCAUCGUAUGGAAAAAGAAAACAUUUACCCAUAUAAGAGAGCAGAUUUUGUUUUAGAAAGAAAUUAUGAAAUCCUCAAAUCUUUAAUUAGUGAUCAAUUUAUUAUAUCUUCCAAACCUAAAAGAAUUAUGCCUACAACAUGGAAAAGAGAUAUACAAGCAAUAUCUUUUGAAGUGGGCCGUAGAGUUGUAGAGGGUAAACUAAGGAAGAAAACUAAUAAGCAGACACUUGAAAACAUAUCCUGGAGUAAACUCUAUAAUUUCUCACAGACUUUUUCCAGCCUAACAAAAAAAUUUGUUGGCUUCUUUGAUAGAAGUGUUAUUCAAGAAAUGAGUGCUAGACAUGGCAACUUUGAAAGAAUGUUUUCUACAACAAAACCAAGGAGCAAAUUCAGUGCCUCACCUGUCAAACAUCGCUCAAAGCCUUUAAAAAAUAUACUCGAAGUCCAUAAAUUAAAUAAUGUAACACCAAUGGAUGAUUUGUUAAACCAGUGAAAUGAAAAUUAGACACCUCAAAAUAUAUUAUAUAGAGCAAUAUUUAAGUAACAAAAAGCAAAUAACGAAGUUCCAAGAUCAUAGAUGAAAUGCUUACCAAAAUAAUGUUUGAACGGUUGGUGUAAGAAAGCAAAACAUUGACAUUGGAACUACAAGCCAACAGUCUUCUGUUCAAGAAAAGCCAACAUUUUUAGUAAAUAAAAGAACAAAAUUAGGAAAUAAUUAUCAACAAGAGAAACUAGUUCAUGAAUUUUUAUGAUCUAAAUUAGAUUCCUCAAUCGUCAGCAUUCCUAUGGUCAAGUCUCAUUUGGGACCAAGAAUGACACAGACUGUUUCUGGAAAUUGGCUGUUUGAAGACAAAUAACACCAAUAACCUUCCUUAAUAAUUGGGUAUCAGAUAAGACAAAUGUACCAUUAACUUGAUGCAUGUGGAAUUAAUUAUAUAUCAGCAUUUUGGAUAAUCAUUGGAAAAUAGUAUUACAUUAGCAAUUCAUGCAAUUAAAAAAACAGUAAAAUUUAAAAUAGCUUUUUGUUAGUAGACACUGGAACUU